ACGCUUAUUGAUCCUUACACUUUCACUCGCGUUUAGAAAUUUUAACCAAAAACUAACAAGCUACAAUCAGUACAACCGUAUAUUAAUAUUAAUUGUUAUUUAAUCGGUGUGCAUCGAAUACUAAACGCGCGUUAUCACAUUCCGCCGCACAAUACAAAAACCACAAGCAUUGCGAAUGUCGAAACAUCGAAGUCGUCGUAGCAAUUAAAAGUGCAAUUGAAUAACUGGUUAACAACACACGCCUGCCUGUGUUCACUCCUGCGUCUGCCGCUGCCGUGAUUCGAUUCCAGUUGCUUUUCGGCUGCCGGCCGCGAACGAUGACUAACCGCCUACGCCGAGAUUAAAACAAUUACCAAGUGUUAACUGCGACUAAUUAAACAAUGAACUAAUUGUUUAUUGUUGUUAUCGCAAACGCUCAAACGCGCAAUACUAAAGAAUCAUUACUAAAAAAUUAAAAACAUUUUUUUCUUAAAGUUUUAAAUUUAAAAAUCAAUUAAACAAUGAAAAUGCGGCUGAUUCCGGUCGUGUACUUCGGUUUCACAGCCAUGGAUCGAAGAUUCAGCAGUCCAAUGCUGCCGUGGAUAUUUUCCGAGAUUAGAAAACGAGAACAUCAGGAGAAAUUGAGUCUCGGCGUCGAAGAUGGCUGCCUUCAGGCUUACAAUCAGGACUUCGAAGUGCAAUUUUCGCACAAAUUAAGCAUGAUGACACGUUUUUCACAAGCCGAUUCAGAUCCAUGCACAUUUUUAUAUCUUCUAAGAGAUGAUGCCGAACAAUUGUUAUAUUGUUACCUGUUUACAACUUAUAAACCCAAUGAUGUAAAUGAAUUGUAUCAACAAAUGAAGGAUCAUCAAACUGCACCGAGGACUUCAACGUCUUCUAAUUUGACUUCGUUAUGCGUUGACAUUUCUCCAUCAUGUAGUAAUUUCUUCGAAGUGCUCUACAUUGGAAAAAUUAAAGUUUGGCACAAGAAAGUUCCAGAUACUUUUAUUGAUGAUGCUUUGGAUAAAUUUAAACAGCAUGAUCAUGAGAAGAAUCGUAAGAAGUUGGCCAGAUUGAAGAGUGAGAUGGAUUUGAGACGUGGAUCAAUUGAUUCAACUUGCAGUUUAACAGAUACAUCUUCGACAAUCGCAGGUAUUCCUCGCCUGCAACGUUCACAUUCUUUACUUUCAAAUCUCUCGAUAAAAUCACCGGAUGUCGAUCGUAAAAUACCGACUUGUAUUGAACGUAUCACUGAAGAUAACGAUAAUGAACUGCGUGAAGAAGCAGAAGAUUCCACUGCAAAUGAUACAGAAGAUAUUGCGGAUAAUAAAAAGGCUUCCUUAGAGAAAGAAAAAGAAGAAUUGCGGAAAUUAUCCAUGGAUCAAUCUACUGCUGCUCCUGAAGAUCUUGAAGAACUUGAGAAACAAUUGAAAUCUGCGGCAGAGAACGACGAACACAAUCGAACCAUGGUGUUACAAGUUGAUCGCACUGAUUUGCGAUUGAUUAGUCCUGAUCGGAAAGUAAUCCUCUUGCACAAACAACAUAAAGAUAUCACCACUUGUAUUCAAGGUGUAACUAAUUCUCAACACUUUGGAUUCAUCGCUAGGGAAGCAUCAAAUCCGGGAACAGUUGCGACUUAUAUUGGUUUUGUUUUCAAAUGCGAAAGUUCUUCGGUUGCCGCCGAGGCAGUCGCUGCUAUAACGCAGGCGUUUACAAAUCCAGGAUCGAAUUCUUCAGAUCACAAUAAACAUCGCGCUAGUAUUACUUCCUGUGAUCAUUGUCCGAUGGUAUGGUUUCAUCGACUUUGUUGUGAGAUUGAAUCCAUGCCGGAGCGAAAACAACAAGCUGCUAUCAUGCGGAAGAUUGAUCAACUUGACGAUGAUGAGCAAACUCUGAUUAUGACUAAAUUUAGAGGCGCAGAGACGGAUUCGUUAAGAGAACAAAAUGAGUUUCUCAUGAUGCUGUUAAGAGCGCAUUGUGAAAUGAAACAAGGACGACAUCAACAUGACACUGCAGAGCAACGAUCAGAGUUUUUGAAUCAGUAUCUUGGAGGUGGGAAUACCAUCUUCAUGAAAGCUAAAAGGUCCCUGAGUAACAGUUUUGAUCAUUUGCUGAAGAGACGUGGAAGUAGGGAUGAUUUUGGACUGGCAACAAAAGAAAUGGUUAAGGAUUUGACUCUUCCUAUUCACGCAGCGCUGAGCAGGGAGAGUUCGCCGAAUUCUACGCAUAAUGAAGUACAAGGUACUUCAGGAUCAUCGGUUGCUUCAGAGGAUACCAGGAGUAGGUCUAGUACAAUGUCUUCUAUACAGGAUAUUAAGGAUGAGAAGAGUAUGAAGUCACCGAUGAUGGAUAUAUUUAUGAAAGUUGGAAGUAACACAGGCCCAACGCCUAACACUCCUGGAUCUUGGCGUCAGGCCAUUUUUAAAAGGGUUAUGACUCCUAAGCCUCGCCCACAGGGACACCAUUAUUCUAAAGAAGAACUACGUCAAUUGUGGAAGAAAAGUAUACAUCAAGCGAUUUUGCUGGUGCGCAUGGAGAAAGAAAAUGCAAGGAUUCGCGCAAAACAAGAAGAAUCAGCUGUAAAACGCAUUAAACUAGAAUACGAUGAAAUGAGAACCAUGCAAGGUGACUUUUUGGAGGUGUGGGAUCUCAUUACCAACUCCAAUAAAGAUUCCAGGGGUAAACCUGACAGUAAAAUGUUGUUACAAGCCAUAAAACAAGGUAUUCCACGAGGAAAACGUGGUGAUGUCUGGCAUUACCUCGCUGAGCAAUUCUGCGCACAAUUACCACCUAUAGAUCCUGUCAAAUUUCCCACUUAUCAAACUUCUUACGAAACCCUUUUGAAACAACUCACUUCCCAUCAACAUGCAAUAUUAAUUGAUCUUGGAAGAACUUUUCCGGGACAUUCAUACUACGCUAGCCCAUUGGGACCAGGACAAUUAGCGCUGUUUAAUCUGUUAAAAGCAUAUUCUCUCUUGGAUCCUGAAGUUGGCUAUUGUCAGGGGUUAAGUUUUGUUGCUGGCGUUCUACUUUUACACAUGGAUGAAUCCUCUGCGUUCUUCCUACUAAGACAUCUUAUGUACCGGCGUAAUCUACGAGAUCAAUACCUCCCAGACAUGGUGGGGUUACAGAUCAAACUGUAUCAACUCUCCAGAUUGUUGAGGGAUCAACUUCCAGAGGUUUAUAACCAUCUGGAUGCUUACGAGGUGGCUCCCACCUUGUAUGCGGCCCCAUGGCUGCUAACAAUCUUUGCAUCUCAAUUUCCAUUGGGAUUUGUUACUAGGGUUUUUGAUCUUAUUUUCCUGGAGAAUACCGAUGUUAUUUUUCGUGUUAUUCUUGCUCUUUUGACUCAUCACAAGAACGGUAUACUCGCAUGCGAUUCAUUUGAAGAUAUCAUGAACUUCUUGAAGAAUAAACUUCCACAGAUUGACAAACCUAGCUUAUUGGACGCCAUUAUGAAGCGGGUGUACAUGAUGGACAUCUCUAAACAACUGCAUGUGUAUUAUGUUGAAUACAAUGUGUUGCAGGAAGAGAUGCAGAGUAUUCAGAAUCAAUUGGACACUUUUCAGCGUACAGAGGUACAGCUUAAACAAGUCCAUGAGCAAAAUAAAACUCUUAGCCAUCAGCUGGAGAUGGCUUUGAGUAAUGUUCAACGUUUGGAGCAAUCCAGGUCAAUGCAACAGUCUGCGAUGAAUCGCCUUGAAGCAAAUAAUCGAAGCAUGGAGGUUACCAUCAUGACCCUUGGAUCUUAUCUGCACAAUCUUAUAGAUAGUAAUCUUAGUCUAGGGGUGCAGGUUCCAGGAGAAGUGAGAAGAAUCUUGGAAAAGAUUCCAGUUGAGAAACCCAAAGAAACAUCGAAAAACAUCUUCAAUAAUUUGUUCAAUAAACAGAACAGUAAUCCCAAUCGCAUAAUGGUUAAGUCCUUGAGCACAGGGAGAAUUACGCUCAAUGAUAAAGACAGGAAUUCUGAUGUCCUGAGAGCAAAUAGUUUAAACGUCAAUGGAAAUCGUAAUAAAGCCUCGUUUUUCAGUGAUUCACAUAAAGAUAUCCUGAUAAACCAGCAGAAUCUACACGCUGGAUCCACUAAGGACCUGCUGACGUCUCCGGAUAGUGGGGUCUCCACCCCUGUAGCUCACAAAGACAUAAUCGAAGAAUCAGAAGAAGAUUCUUUGAAUAACAAUAAUAGUAAUGAAAACCCCGUGGAAAAGAAAGGACCACCACUGAAUCACUGCGAUCUGAAUGUGACCGUCAAUCAUCGUGAGCUGAAGAAGGUCAAGAGUAUAAGGGAUAUGUCCCGGAAUAGUAGUCCUUCGCCGAGUAUUGUUGAAUGAUUAAAAAUGCCGAAGUUUUUUGCUAGAGGGCCUCGCAAGAAUAAUGUCUAGCUAACAAAAAGCAAUCGACUAUGGUUGUUGUCAUAAUGGUUUUAUUAUCAACACCAUCUUUAGAUAAAUUAGCGUCUUAAUUAAUUAUUACGUACCUAUUGAUUAUUAAAGUGUUUUCUAUACGCUUAUUAGCUUGUUAGCAAUGUGAUACGUGGCAGUGCUUAACAUCAAUACUUGUUGUGACGAUAGCGGACGUAAUGCAGAAGAGAAACGUUUUAAUUGUUGUUUUAGAAUUGUUUAUACUCAUUCUUGUCGUAUAUUUUGCAAAAUAAUAAAUUUUACUUAAAAAUAACCAAUAACAGAA